AUGCAGCUGACGUCGGACCAACCUAAUCGAGACGAGAUAGAUUUUGAAUUCAUGGGUAAUGUUAGUGGGAAGCCAUAUAUCCUUCAAACGAACGUUUUCGCAGAUGGGUUUGAUGACAGGGAAGAGAGAAUAUUUUUGUGGUUUGAUCCAACAAAAGACUUCCAUACAUACUCAAUCCUAUGGAACCUUCACCAAAUUGUGUUUCUGGUGGACAGGGUGCCAUUUCGUGUUUACAAAAAUCAUGCUGACAAAGGAGUUGCGUAUCCGCGGUGGCAACCAAUGAGCCUUAAAGUCAGUUUAUGGAAUGGUGAAAGCUGGGCAACUCGUGGCGGACACGAUAAGGUAGAUUGGUCCAAAGGUCCAUUCAUAGCUUCUUUCAGAAACUACAAGAUUGAUACUUGUGUCUGGAAAGGAAAUCCACGGUUUUGUAGGGCAGAUAGUAAUACAAAUUGGUGGAACAAAGAAAGAUUUAAUGGCUUAACAUGGUAUCAGAGGAGAUUAUUCAGAUGGGUUAGAAAAUAUCACCUCAUCUAUGACUACUGUCAAGAUAACCAAAGAUUCAAGAAUAGUUUACCCAAGGAAUGUUCUCUUACUAAGUUUUAA